AUGACAUCAUCGUUACCAGAACAAUCAAGUGAUAAAGAAUCGGCUGCUGAUAUACUAUACGAUUUCUGUAGACAAAAUCAAAUUGAUAAAGUUCAAAAUUUAUUAACAACAAUCGAUGAUAUCAAUAUUUUGAAUACAAUUAAACAUCCAACUGGUUCAACAAGUUUACAUGUUGCAUGUUAUUAUGGCCAUAAAGAAUUGGUACAAAUUUUAUUAGAUUAUGGCGCAUUGCCUUCAAUUAGAAAUUUCCGACAUAAUUUAACACCAUAUGAAGAAGCAUAUACAGAUGAGAUCAAACAAUUAUUUAUAAAUAAACGAAUAUUUUAUUCUGAAACAGAUUAUGAUCAGAUUCAAUGGUCAAUAACCGGUGAUGAUUUAAUUAAAAAACGACGAGAAUUUCGAGAAAUUAUUCAUUUAUAUAGAUCGUAUGAUAAUCAUCAUCCAAUAGUAUCAAAAUUAUUAGCUGAAGUCAUACACUAUUAUUUAAAUGAAUAUUUAAAGAAUAUGCCGUCUACCGGUAAUCCUGAAGAUCGAGUUCCUGAAGAACAAAUUAAAGUUAUCGAAGAUUAUUUUCGUAAAGCUAUAGAUGAAAAAGACUAUUUAACAUAUUUCAUUAAAGCAUAUACAUUAACAGAUUAUUUUUAUAGAAUAUUAAAUAAACAUCUAGCAUUAUAUAUUCUACAAUAUUUCGACGAGACAAAAAAUUUUUCUUCAAAUUAUCGUCUUGUUAACUGUCUCGUUCAUAUUGUGACACUGUUAAUUAAUAAUCCAGAAAUUUUUAAAUAUCAGUUCAAAGGCAUAUGUUACCGUGGAAUGAGAGUAACAGAAAAUGAUAUAAAUCAAUAUCAAUCAAAUCAACAUAUAUUAAAUCGAUCGUUUUUAUCUACAUCAGUUGAUUGUAAUGUGGCCAAAUACUUUGCUGGUGAAGGUCAACAAUCUAAAAUGAGACAAACACUUGAUCAACGUCCUCUUCAAUUUUCAUGUUUAUGCCAAUAUAAAAUAAAACAAGAUAAAACAGCCAUAGAUUUACAAGAACUUUCAAGUAGACGAGAAGAAAAAGAAAUUCUUAUUUUACCAUUUGCUGUAUUUAAAGUCGUGAACAUUACGAAAAAUUAUAUUGAUAAUCCACAAGCAUCAAUUUCAGUUGAAAUUGAAUUAGAAGAAUGUGAAGAUCCAGAAGGCGACCCAUCGUUCGCUUCCUCGGUUAAUGACAUAAACGUCGAAAAGCAUCCGAGACGAAAACGUCUUUAUAUUCUUAUUGGUAUUUUAAUAUCGAUUAUUGGUUUGGCUUUAACUCUGACAGUAGUAUUUACAUUGGCAAUUAAAAAAAAUCCAUUACAAAGCAACGACGAUGACUAUCUUUCACCAAAAAGCUGUUCAGAUAUUUUAAGCCGAAGUGUCUGGAAUGCAGCAACAGCUAAAAGUCGUUUUAGUUUGAAAUUACCGGUUUCAUAUAUUGCAGUUCAGACAUUACCUAGUUCUAUUACAAGUAUGACACAGCAAGAUUGUGUUCGAUACAUAAAAGCAGUUCAAACAUACCAUAUGGAAAAUAGUAGCUACGAUGAUAUUUCAUAUAAUUUUAUUAUUUGUGGUGGUUAUGAUGCGGAUAAUAGUAGUAAACAAUUAAUUUACACAGGUAGAGGAUGGAAAUAUGUUGGAGCAUUUUGUUUAACUUACAAUAGUCGAGCAUUAGGUAUUGGGAUUAUUGGUAAUUAUACAAAUAUACAAUCUUUAAAUGCAUUCAAGUCAUUAAUGGACUGUGGUACUGAAAAUAAUUACGUGCAACAAAAUUAUACAAUUGUUCGACAUUAUGCUUCUCCAGACAUAUAUCAGUAUUAUAUGAAUUAUUUUAAAAAUCGUACAGCGACAAUGACACAAUAUAAUUGUCAAUGA